AUGAGGCUCACGGCGGAGCUCAUCAAGGACUCGCUUUCCUACCUGAACCCGCUCAAGGAGCGGGAGCUGGAUCUCCGAGGACACCGAAUCCCGGCGAUUGAGAACUUGGGUGUUGCAGGCCCCCAUGAUUCUAUCGACUUUACCGACAAUGACAUCCAAGUCCUCGGAAACUUCCCUCUCUCCCCGCGCAUUUCGACACUGCUGCUGGCGCGAAACCGAGUAGCGAGCAUACAAGCGUCCCUCCCCAACGCGAUCCCGAAUCUGAAGCAGCUGGUGCUGGCGUCGAACAACCUCUCUGAGCUCGCGGAUCUGGAUGUGCUCGCGGGGUUCAAGAGCUUGACGCACUUGGUGCUUGUGGAUAACCCUGUUACGAAGAAAGAGAACUACCGUUACUGGGUCGUCUGGCGCUGUCCGACGGUGCGGUUCCUCGACUACCAGAAAGUCAAGGAGGCGGAGCGGGAAAAGGCGAGAGAGCUGUUUGGUACAGCGGAAGAGCCCACGGCUGCGGCAUCCAAGAUCAUGGGCAUCAAGUCUAAGACACUUGACAUUGCUGCCUCGAACGGCACCGGCCCGGCACCCUCGAAGCUUUCGAGGAUAAAGCUCACGGACAAGGAGAAGGAGCGUUUGAAGGAGAUGAUCAAGAAGGCGGACAGCUUGCAGGAGAUUAUCCGUCUGGAGAAGAUGUUGACCGAGGGCACUAUUCCGGCCGGCGUGCAUUUGGAUGGGGAUACCAAUAUGGAUGGUUAA